UGCUCACUGUUAAAUGCUCGUAUUACUAAAGCAUUAGUUCCUACUUUACUAUUUCUGUGAUUAUGAAAACAGACAAUUCUAAGUAUUUCUAACACGACCUAAUUUGCCACAUAGUUAAAUCAAUCAUAUCCCUCUACAGUUAAAGUUAGCAUUUAGCCGCUCCGGAUGAAAACAACAUAAUGAAGACAAAGGUUCCGCUCGACACGGAAAAGUAAGGAGCACAGACUGAAAUAAGGAUUUGCUGCGGUUCUGCAGGAGCUCGUUUUCCCUGUUUUCCUGUCGUUCAUGGAGUCACUCAACACGUUUGAAUCAGAGAUGGAGCCUGAUGGGCAGGGAAGCUACUCGCUGUUUCCUGCUUUGGACAGUAUAGCGAGUCUUUCUGGGACAGCGGAGGCUUUGGAGAGUGAACCACCGAGUGAACUAGCAGAGAAACCAAACCUGACGUGGCUCGAUGCUGCUCAGAUUGUCUUGGAGGAAGCUGGACGGCCCAUGCACAUAAAGGAGAUCAAACAGAGAAUCAUCGACCGGGGACUUGUUCAGUCAAAUGCAAAGUCGAGCCUGGAAGCCGUCAUGUACCGCGAGACACAAAAAGGAAGCAGGCGUUUCAAGAGGAUUGAAAACAGAAACGGAGUCUUUGCAUUACUGACUGAUGAGGAGCGGCAGCAGGCRCUGCAGGCCUUCACCGCUCAGGCCUUCCUUACUUCGCCCUCGCUGAACGCCGCCUCCGGCUCCGGUGCCUCAGCGCCCGCCUUCCCGUCUCCCAGCAGCUCCUCGGAGCCCAAGCCCAAGGCCAAGAGGGGCUCACGGAAAAACCUGAACGAGAAGUACAGACUGAAGUACCUGAGGCUGCGCAAAGCUGCCCGAGCCAUGGUGUUUGAGAACGCAGCUCUGUGUGACGAAGUCGCUCACAUAGAGGAGAAGUUUCUUCGAGCGAAGGAGGAGCGCAGGUUCUUACUGAAGACGCUGCUGCAGUACCAGUCUGUUUCAGAGGGAGACGUUCUGCCAACGCCCAGCUCAGUCCCGCCUGUGCCGCCCGUGGCGUUGACCUCAGGUCCKGCGGGGCCGUCGGGCCUCUCCGUGCCCCAUAGCUUGACGUCAGUGGUGUCACCGGGAGAGGAAGCGCUGCUCAAGAAACCCAAGAAGGAAAGGAAAGAGCGAGGGAAGGAGAAUGGGAAGGAAGAACUUCCAAAGAAGAUGUCAAAGAAGAGGAAGCUGGCAGACGGGUCACGCAGGCUGGUGCAGCCCAUCGCUCUGGACUCGUCGGGUCGCCCAGUCUUCCCCAUUGCCCUGGGAGGUUUAACGGUCUACAGUCUGGGAGAGAUCAUCACAGACAGGAUGCUGUUCCACGAUGAGUGUGCCAUCUACCCAGUGGGUUUCUGCAGCACGCGGGUCUUUGCCAGCAUGAAAAACCCCGAGCAGCAGUGCCUGUACACCUGCCAGAUCAAAGACGGGGGGGCGGGGCCACAGUUUGAGAUUGUGCCUGAAGACGAUCCUCAGAAUGCCAUCGUGGCCUCCUCCGCUCUGAUGUGCCACUCAAACCUGCUGAAGGCCAUCGCCUCCAACAGUUUAAAGUCUGUGGCUCCAAUCAUACCAUCAGGGGCAGACUUCUUCGGCUUCUCUCAUCCGACCAUCCAGAAUCUGAUCCAGAGUUGUCCCGGAGCUCGCAAAUGUAGCAACUACAGGUGGAUUCGGUUCGAGGUGUGUCGUUURGGGGACAGUCAGGUCCCUCACAGCUUAUCGGACGACGACGCCUCCAUCAACUUUGAAGCUUACCAGAGACACCAGGUCCUCAACGUGAAGCCGGAGCACAUUUCAGGACACACACUGCCGUCUCCUGCUUCCUCUCAUCAGCACCAGCUGACCUCCCCCUCCAUGAAGCCCUCCACGUCCUAUUACAGCUCCUAAGAUUCUUCUCCAUUUCCCAUAAAACCACACCAUGAARAGUCCUCCUCAAUUUAUUUUUCCUGUAGUUUAAAAACUCAAAUCUGAGGCAAAUGUUUGUGUUGAAAACUUUGAACAGCGUCACUGAUGUGGACUUCAUAUAGCUGCUGUAUGACUUGUUCUUUAUGUGCCAGAAACAAUAAAUCCAACAGUUUAUGUACAUUUG